AUGCUGCUGGCGCAGAGCGGCACGCGAGGCGCCGACGGCACGCAGGCCGGGAGCGCCGCGCCGCCGCGCCCCCGCCGCGUCGUCGCCUACACGGGCGCGGGCAUCUCCACGGCCGCGGGCGUCGACGACUACGCCUCGGGCCCGCGGAGCCGGGCGCUGCAGGGCUGCCCGAAGUCGCUGCAGGACCAAGACGGCACGGCAGGCUCGCGCCACCUCGACGCGGCACGCGAAAAUCCCCCUACCUCUCGCAGCCGACGCUGUGUCAUCGCGUGCUCGCCGCCUGCUACCACAAGGGUCUGCUCCACGGGUGGCUGCAGCAGAACCACGACGGGCUUCCCCAGAAGGCGGGCUUCCCGCAGCACGCGCUCAACGAGAUCCACGGCUCUUGGUACGAUCCCAGCAACCCAGUUGUCCCCAUGA